AUGGACCGUUUGGGAACGGAAUCUGCCUUCGAGGUACUUGCCAAAGCCAAAGGAUUAGAAGCGCAGGGUAGAGAUAUUGUCCAUCUCGAAAUUGGUCAACCCGAUUUCAUAACCCCUGCGAAUAUUUGCGAGGCGGCUUUCAAGGCAAUGAAGGAUGGUCACACCGGAUAUGGGCCAUCCGCGGGUUUAUUGGAGUUUCGUGAAGUUAUUGCUGAACAUAUUUCAGAGACGCGGGGUGUAGAGAUUCAUCCGGAUGAAGUCACUGUUACGCCCGGUGCCAAACCUAUCAUCUUCUUCACCAUUUUGGCGCUUGUCAAUGAAGGAGAUGAAGUUAUCUAUCCUAACCCCGGAUUUCCGAUCUAUGAAUCUGUCAUUGACUUCAUUGACGGGAAAGCAAUUCCCCUUCCGUUGCGUGAAGAGGUUAAUUUUCGCUUCCGGAUUGAAGAUCUUGAGGCUUCCAUCUCGGAUCGGACGAAGCUGUUGAUUAUCAACUCGCCACAAAACCCGACAGGCGGCACGUCGGCAAAAAGUGAUUUGGAAGCAAUCGCUGAGCUAGCAAUUAAGCACAAUUUCUAUGUGCUGACAGACGAGGUCUACUCGCGAAUCCUUUAUGAAGGCGUCCACGAUAGCCUCAUCAGUCUACCGGGUAUGAAGGAGCGAACGAUUCUGCUUGAGGGGCACUCCAAAACCUAUGCUAUGACCGGCUGGCGGUUGGGCUAUGGGAUUGCUCCUACGGAACUGGCGGAUAAGAUUACACAGUUGACUAUAAACUCCAACUCGUGUACCGCAACUUUCACUCAGUUUGCAGGGAUUGAGGCACUGAAGGGACCGCAAGACUUCGUCCACGAAAUGGUUACUGAGUUCAGAAAGCGGCGUGAUGCAAUCGUUGAUGGUCUCAAUGCAAUUGAGGGUGUGAGCUGUAUCAAACCCCUUGGCGCGUUCUACGUAUUCCCGAAUGUCUCACAACUACCCCUUUCCUGCCAAGACCUAUCGGACUACCUGCUUGAAGACGCAGGGGUUGCGGUCCUACCCGGCACUGCCUUUGGUAAAUAUGGCGAUGGCUACUUGAGACUGUCGUAUGCAAACUCGCUGGAAAACAUUCAGGAAGCCUUAGCCCGGAUGGAUUCGGCGAUUUCAAGGAUUCGGUAG